CGGCCGGCCGGGAGUGAGGACAGAAGGAGGGUGGGGAGGCGGUGGGCAGCCAUGGCUGAUUCCUGCAAGAACCUCACCUACGUACGGGACUCGGUGGGCCCAGCCACCAGCACCCUGAUGUUCGUGGCGGGCGUGGCGGGCAAUGGGCUGGCCCUGGGCAUCCUGGGCGGCCGGCGCCGUUCACACCCAUCAGCCUUUGCCGUGCUGGUCACCGGGCUGGCCGUAACCGACCUGCUGGGCACCUGCUUCCUGAGCCCGGCCGUGUUCGUGGCCUAUGCCCGCAACAGCUCACUGCUGGGCCUGGCCCACGGGGGCCCUGAACUCUGCAAUGCCUUCGCCUUCGCCAUGACCUUCUUCGGCUUGGCCUCCACGCUCAUCCUCUUCGCCAUGGCGGUGGAGCGCUGCCUGGCGCUCAGCCACCCCUACCUGUACGCCCAGCUGGAUGGGCCACGCUGCGCCCGCCUGGCGCUGCCCACCAUCUAUGCCUUCUGCCUGGUCUUCUGUACCCUGCCCCUCCUAGGCCUAGGUCAGCACCAACAGUACUGCCCGGGCAGCUGGUGCUUCAUCCGCCUGCGGGCACCUGAGCCAGGUGGCUGUGCUUUCUCCCUGGCCUAUGCCAGCCUGGUGGCCCUGUUGGUGAGCGCCAUCUUCCUGUGCAACGGCUCUGUCACCGUCAGCCUCUGCCGCAUGUACCGCCAGCAGCGGCGGUGCCAGGGCUCGCUGGUGCCCAGCGCGGGGACCCGUGAGGACGAGGUGGAUCAUCUCAUGCUGUUGGGCCUCAUGACCGGCAUCAUGGCGGUGUGCUCUCUGCCUCUGACGAUCCGUGGCUUCACCCAGGCCAUCGCCCCAGACAGCAGCGAGAUGGGGGAUCUCCUGGCCUUCCGCUUCAACGCCUUCAACCCCAUCCUGGACCCCUGGGUGUUCAUUCUGUUCCGCAAGGCCGUCUUCAGGCGCCUGCGCCUCUGGGUUUGCUGUCUCUGGGCUCAGCCUGCCCGCAGGGAGUUGCAGACAGCCAUCCCCAGGCCCGCUUCCGAGAGGGGGGACCCUCAGGCCCCCUGGGCCCUGGAGGGGAAGGAGGGAAGCUGGGUGCCUCUGUCUGCCUGGAAGGAGAGACAGACGGCCCCUCUGCCUCCUGUGGCACCGGGGACACAGGGGACACUGUCCAAAGCCGAGCCAGCGGUGGCCUGCUCCCUCUGCUGA